AUGGGGGGAUCAACCUCCAGCUCGGGGAAAGGAGACCAACCAGAGCCUGAUUUUACCUCAAAGAAAACUCCAAAGAGUGUGCCGAUAUCCAAACAGCUUUCCUCCAUUAAAGCACUGGCCAGAGGCUCUGCCCUGGAGAAGGCUGUAGCCACAGCACUGCUGGUCUUUUAUAACUCUGCGGGACCAGAUGGCAAAGUCAGUAAAGGAGAUGCAAGAGAACUCUUACUGACACAGUUUCAAACUUUCAUGCAGGGACAAGAGUCAAAGCCCAAAUACAGAGAGACGAUGGCAGACCUGAUGGAAAACCAGGACAAAAGAAUAGCAAUGGAAGACUUCAUGCUUUUCCUUCUUGGCCUAACAGUCUCUUCAGACCUCCUGACAGAAAUACAGGGAGCAAGAAUGCAAUAA